UAAGUCGUUUGAUAAAGUAUAGAUUAUAAACCUACACCCCCUUCAAAAAAGAGGUAUCGUGUCAUAUUAUUCCUGGAACAGCAUAUCAUUCAUAAUCAGAUCUGUCCUUUUCAACUUUACAGUGUAAUCUACCACGAACCCGCCAAGUUUUACGCGUUUACUGCUGCAACAAUUUAAUAAAACCAUUAAACUGCAUUUGUAUCCGUUUUACGUUAAAACUCGACGCCGCCCCUCUGCAGGAUUUGCACAGGAAAUGUCACAUGUAAAAACGGACCAUUGCACUACGCUGUCCUGGUUUUUAUCCGCGUCCGAGCCUAAGUUUGUUUAGUCAUAAUAAUAUUAUUCUUUGGCCAUUGUACCCGGAGAUUCUGACAGCCAGAGAUUCUUCGUAGGACUGGACGGGAUGGAAUCCUGUACGAGCCGGAAUAAGGACAGAAUAUAACUGAGCGUUUCCCCCUUGCAGUAUCGUUGUUUUAUUGGAAGAGCAACCAUAGGCUAAUCAUAAAUACAAUUUUUAUUUCAUAAUUACAAAUUUUAUUUCCUAAGGUGAACCAUAGUGCAGACGUUUUUUUUCAUCGCUGGUCUCUAUUUGCUACCAUUUCAAAAUAUUACAGGUGCGAAAGUGCUAGUUUUGCCCUGUUGAAGUAUCGAAGACACUUCUGCGUGGUAACUGGGCACACCUUCGCAGAAACAGAACAUUUGCCAUUGGCCCUGACUGAUCCGAAGACAUGAGCGCAGCAGAGAAGCCGCCGCUACUCCAGCUCACUUGGCGCGAGAUCCAAGAGAAGGGCGGUAGGUCCGAGGAAAGAUGGCUUGUGAUUGACAGGCUUGUGUAUGACAUCACCCAUUUCCGAUGGCGUCACCCAGGAGGAUCCAGACUCAUCGGACACUACGCUGGCCAGGAUGCAACGGAUGCGUUCAAAGCCUUCCACAUUGACAGCCAGCUUGUGAGGCGCUACCUGAGGCCUCUGCUUAUCGGAGAACUGGGCCCCCAAGAGCCCAGCCAGGAACCCAGCAAGGAUCGGUCGCUGGUGGAGGACUUUCGACGGCUGCGGGAGGUAGUGGAGGGCUUGGGGCUGCUGGGACCAAGGCCGCUGUUCUUCGCUGGCAUGCUGCUGCACAUCCUGGCUCUGGAUGUGGCUGCCUGGCUCAUACUGUGGCUGUGGGGCACCAGCUGGGUGCCCUUCAUUGUCACUGCUAUCCUGUUGGGCACUGUACAGGCUCAGGCUGGCUGGCUUCAACAUGAUUUCGGACAUCUUUCAGUGUUUGGGACGUCCCGCUGGAACCACCUGGCACACCGUUUUGUGAUUGGACACCUCAAGGGGGCCCCUGCUAGCUGGUGGAACCAUCUGCAUUUCCAGCACCACGCCAAACCCAACUGCUAUCGCAAGGACCCUGACGUUAACCUGCACCCUCUGCUGUUCACUCUGGGAGCUACACUAUCCUUUGAGUUGGGAACACAGAAGAAAAAGUACAUGCCUUACCAGCAUCAGCACAAGUAUUUCUUCCUCUUGGGGCCUCCAGCUCUCAUCCCCGUGUACUUCCAGUGGUACAUCUUCUACUUUGUAACAAAGCGUCGCCAGUGGCAGGACUUGGCCUGGAUGAUGUCAUUCUAUAUUCGGUUCACCCUCUGCUACUUGCCUCUUCUUGGCCUGCCUUCAUUCAUCGCCCUGUUCUUCCUGGUCAGGGUUCUGGAGAGUCACUGGUUUGUGUGGGUCACUCAGAUGAACCAUAUCCCAAUGCACAUUGACCGAGACCAAAACAAAGACUGGGUGACCAUGCAGCUUGAGGCCACCUGCAAUGUGGAGCAAUCCCUCUUCAACGAUUGGUUCACUGGGCACCUGAACUUCCAGAUUGAACACCAUUUAUUCCCCACCAUGCCAAGGCACAACUACCACGCUGUGGCUCCUCUUGUGCGGUCUUUCUGUAAGAAACAUGGCCUGUCCUACCAGAACAAGAGCCUCUACACCGCCUUCGCUGACAUCAUCCGGUCACUUAAAUCCUCUGGCGAGAUUUGGAUGGAUGCUUACUUGCACAAAUGAGAGAUCACAUGACAUCUCUCUAACAAAUAAGAAGAAAAGAAAAACAGAAGUAACUGACACUGCCUCUCGAAAUGACAAGAAUGAAAAGAAAAACCACAAAGCCUCUAACCCAAACUCCCACAUCCUGUUCUCCACCCUAGAUGCUCUCUUAGUACUGUUAAAGGUGCAGUGCCUAAGUUUGUUUUUACAGCACUUUUGUUCAUACUUGGUUAAAUUUCCU